GCUUCUACCACUAAAGGAAAUUUUUGAUAACGUUUGUCGAACAAAUUUAGAAGUAGCUGCACAUAUAUCGUACAAUUCCAUGAAAAGUGUAAUGGCUCGAGAACGAGCUAAACAACGACCUCCUAUACCACAUACCUUUCAAGCCUUAUCUACUGAUUUAAAUAAAUAUGAUUGGAUUAAAGAUUUUUAUAAAGGAAGUGUAACUGCACAGGAUGGUAGCAUAGCUGCUAUAUUUUCGAGUGAUGUACUUAUUGAUGCCUUAAAGACAACUACAGAAAUGUUUGUCGAUGGGACAUUUUCUAUUGUUCCCCGCAUUCCACGUAUGAUUCAAUUAUAUACUGUUCACAUACGUUAUAAAAAUACAGGUAUUGCAGUUGUCUUCGUAUUAUGCGAGACACGAACAUUUGCCCUUUAUCAGGCAAUAUGGGAAAAAAUAAUUGAAAUCGCUCCAGAUUUGAAAAAAAAUGUCAAAUUUAUAAUGGGAGAUUAUGAACGCGCAACAAAUAAUGCCCUUCAUAAAUGUUUCCCGAAGCUAGUUUGAAAGGAUGCUGGUUUCAUUACAACCAAGCUGUGUUGCGCAAAUGGCGGCAACUUGAUUUAACAAAUGCUCCAAGAAAAUUAAUAAUGAUGGUUAUGUCUGUACCGUUAAUAUCAGCCACUUUAUUUGAGCAAUGUUUUACUAUAUUACAAGAUGUAGCUGAUACUAUGUCUAGUGACUAUCCUACAGUAUUACAAUUUAUGUGCUAUUUACGUAAGACAUGGUUGCCCGCAGCAAACAAAGUAUCUGUGUAUGGAUGUCCUGUUCGCACAAAUAAUAUAGUCGAAAGUUUUCACAACACGAUUUCAAAGAAAUUCGGGAGUAGACAUCCAAAUGUGUGGAUAUUUAUU